GAAUAUUCAUGAGCUCAGCCCUAGAUCUGGUUUCCAAGGGAGAUAGUAAACAGACUGGGGAUAUGUGUGUGCCUCCGUCUCUUCUACUUACUGCACCUCCAGCAACACAAGACUAGAAGUCAGAACUCAGCCAAAGCUUUGCACAGAGUCAGUAUCUGGGUGAAAUCUGAGGAAAUGUGCAGAGAAUAAAACAUCUUUCUCCUGAUGUACUGAGGGGCAAAAUAUACUUUUUUAAAGUGUAACUGCCCCAGUGGCUACAAGGAGUGGAGAUGGACAGCCGGCAUGAUGCUAUACAGAGGAGCACCUCAGCAGGGUACAGACUGCCAGACAGAGGGACGGCAAAGCAACUUGCUUCAACCUCCUCUGUCUCCUUUAACAAGUCUGUUCCAGGGGCCCAGCCCAACCCUCAGCCGAGUGCCAAGGAGAAGGAGAAGCGCUGCUGGGAGGAUACCGUGAGGCACGACCAAGUUUGGCGGGAAUUUGUGGAAGCUGAGAGAAGAGGUGGGAAACGCUGGCAUGAGAAUUGGGGAUUUCUGAAAGAGUAUGAUUCAUUGGGAAAUAAAAAAGAAGUAGAAGAGUUGCCUAAAGAAGUGCCUGUUUUUUCUGACCGAGUACCCAACACCACGAACCAGGCUAUCGGGAGUCGGAUGAACACCGAGCUGGGGAAGACUCUGGUCCAUAUGGAUUAUUUUCUCACGGGGGGGAACCAAAAGAAGAAGCUUGGAAGUGAAUUGCUGCCCAGCUAGGAACCCACUUACAGACAUAAUGGACUCUUCCCUAGUACAAUACAAAGAUGAAAGAAAGAGAGAUAUACGAGCCCCAGGAGAGUUUUCUGCUACACCAGGACAAGGGAUACAAACCAGGAAGUGAUAAAAGGGGUUGUUUGCCUUUAAAUGAACUUUCAGUAUGAUGUAGAGAGUGAUAUUCUGAGACAAUUUGCAAUUGGCUUUAAUUUUUUAUUAUUUGGGGUUUUUGAGUUAUUCAGCUUUCUAUUCAGUAGCUCUCAAGUUUGCAAUUUCUGGUUGCUAGGGUCCAAUUUAACCUAGCAGCCAAUCAUUGAUCUGAAUAACAGACUGGCAUAUGAAUCGUAGAAGGACUCAAUAGAAAGAUGAGUAAUAAAAAGUAGCAAUAACAAUACAUGUGUAGCCUUACAGAGCAUUUGUUUUUUAGAUGGGGUCAGUGACCCCCGCUUGAAA